UUUUUCAGUGCAAUUGGCGGUGGAAUUGAGCUGUGUCGAUUGAUCUGCGUUUGAAUUGAAAUAUUUCUGCAAUCGAUCUGCUUUAGUUCAUCAAAAUAAUGCCUCGCAGAAGAUCAAACUUAGGUCGUCGUACUCGCGGAGCGGAAGCAGUGCGACGAGUAAUUGCAAAUCAGACUGAGGAAGAACGGGCAUCAGCGAACGAGCGAAACAGACAAAGAAUGGCUCAAAAACGUGCCGAGGAAGCAGCAGAGCGACGUGCAGCCAGACUUGAGGAUGCACGGUGGCGAGCACGGCGAUCGCGUUCUGCAGCUUCAGAUCUGCUUCGUUCUCAACAGAAUGAACGCGACAGGCUGAGAGUGGCUGAAAGACGUCAAUGAGAAACAGCAGAUCCGCGUCAAAACGUGCGCUUUCUCUUUUCUUUCUUUUCCAUUUAACCAGACUGAGCCACAGCAAUGCAUGGCCAGAUACAGAUAGUAAUAGGUAUAUAAAAACACACGCAUAUUCGAAUGCAACGUUGUGUCAAAAUUUCAAAGCAAUCGGUGAAGAACUUUUGGAGAUUUAAG